AUGGAGUGGAGGACAUUGUAUCUGGAUGUGAUGCUGGUACCAUUUGGGUUACUCAUAAACCUCGCUUACCAUGUUUGGCUAUGGCAUAAGGUCCGGACACAGGCUUUCUUAACCAUCUUCGGAAUAGAUGCUGAUGGCCGGUGUUUGUGGGUUCCAGCCAUGAUGAAGGAUAUUGACAAGAAGAGCAUGUUAGCGGUCCAAAGUAUUCGGAACAUGAUAAUGGGAUCAAUCUUUAUGGCAAGCACAAGUAUCCUACUCUGCUGUGGCCUUGGAGCAGUGAUAAGCAGCACUUACAGUGUGAAGAAGCCUCUACUUGACUCAAUUUAUGGAGCACAUGGAGAAUUUGCAGUGGCAUUAAAAUAUGCAACUCUCUUUACUACAUUCUUAUUUUCAUUUCUCUUUCACUCUCUCUCAGUUAGGUUUCUUAGCCAGUUGACCAUCCUCAUUUGCACACCACAAGAUGUUGAGUCAAUGGUCAACGCAGAGUAUUUGGCUGAGCUCCUUCGGAAGGCCACUAUUUUGAAUAUUGUGGGAAACAGGCUUUUCCACACAGGGCUUCCCCUUCUGCUUUGGAUCUUUGGACCAGUUAUUGCAUUCUCUAGUUCUGUGGGAAUGUUGUUGGUGCUUCAUAAAUUAGACUUUGUGGCUAGGAAAGAACAGAUAAAGAUAGGAAUAGAUGAGGCCUAUUUGAACUAG